UGGGGGCGGUCCUCGGCGGCGGUGGCGCGCGGCCUGGGCUCGCGCUGGGCUCCGCGCGCCCCCCGCCCCCCUCUAUGAGGCAGAGGCCGCGGCGGCCGUUAGCACUGUCGCUUCGGGGGCCGCGGCGGGCGGGGCUCCGGUGGGGCCCGACCUAGUCCCCACCCCAGCCCGGCUCCCAGCCGCCCGCCCUCCCCUCCCUCUCCUCAAUGCAGGGGGCCGAGCUCCGGGAUGGCGAGGCGGCGGCGGCGGCCGCUUCCUACCGUGUCCUGAGCCGCCUCCUCGGCUAUGGAGAGGCGGUCCCCGAGCCAGGCCCACCGCCGCCGCCCCCGGGCCAUGGUCCUCCGCCGCCACCCUUCCUUGCGCGGCCGGGACCGCGGGGCUCCCGGCCGCCGCAGCUGAUGGUGUUCCGCAACGUGGGUCGGCCGCCUGAGGAGGAGGACGCGGAGGCGGCUUCGGAGCCAGGACCCUCGGAACUGCUGUGUCCCCGGCACCGCUGUGCCCUGGACCCCAAGGCCCUGCCACCGGGCUUGGCGCUUGAGCGGACCUGGGGCCCGGUGGCUGGACUAGAGGCUCAGUUGGCGGCUCUGGGGCUCGGGCAGCCGGCGGGGCCGGGGGUCAAGACAGUCGGUGGUGGUUGCUGCCCAUGCCCAUGCCCGCCUCAGCUGCCCCCUCCUCAGCCCCAGGCUCCUAUUGCCACCCCGCAGGCCGGGGAGGACCCCACAGAAACGAGCGACGCACUAUUGGUCCUGGAGGGCUUGGAAUCGGAGGCCGAGAGCCUGGAGACUAACAGCUGCUCGGAAGAGGAGCUCAGCAGCCCGGGCCGUGGAGGAGGAGGGGGCGGUCGGCUUCUGCUGCAGCCCUCAGGCCCCGAAUUACCCCCAGUGCCCUUCCCGCUGCAGGACUUGGUCCCUCCAGGGCGCCUGAGUCGAGGGGAGCAGCAGCAGCAGCAGCAGCAGCAACAACCUCCCCCGCCGCCGCCACCUCCUGGGCCCCUCCGGCCGCUCGCCGCCCCUUCUCGGAAGGGCUCCUUCAAAAUCCGCCUCAGUCGCCUCUUUCGCACGAAGAGCUGCAACGGUGGCUCCAGCAGUGGGGAUGGAACCAUCAAGAGGCCUUCUGGAGAGCUGGCUGCUUCAGCUGCGAGUCUGACGGACAUGGGAGGCUCAGCGGGCCGGGAGCUGGACCCGGGGAGGAAACCCAGGUUGACAAGAACUCAAAGUGCCUUUUCUCCGGUCUCCUUCAGCCCCCUGUUCACAGGUGAAACAGUGUCGCUUGUGGACGUGGACAUUUCUCAGCGGGGCCUGACUUCUCCACACCCUCCAACUCCCCCUCCUCCUCCAAGAAGAAGCCUCAGCCUCCUAGAUGAUAUCAGUGGGACGCUGCCUACAUCCGUCCUUGUGGCUCCGAUGGGGUCUUCCCUGCAGUCUUUCCCCCUACCUCCGCCUCCUCCACCCCAUGCCCCAGAUGCAUUUCCCCGGGUUGCCCCCAUCCGAGCAGCUGAAUCCCUACACAGCCAGCCCCCCCAGCACCUCCAGUGUCCUCUCUACCGGCCUGACUCCAGCAGCUUUGCAGCCAGCCUUCGAGAGCUGGAGAAGUGUGGUUGGUAUUGGGGACCAAUGAAUUGGGAAGAUGCAGAGAUGAAGCUGAAAGGGAAGCCAGAUGGUUCUUUCCUGGUACGGGACAGUUCUGAUCCUCGUUAUAUCCUGAGCCUCAGUUUCCGAUCACAGGGUAUCACCCACCACACUAGAAUGGAGCACUACAGAGGAACCUUCAGCCUGUGGUGUCAUCCCAAAUUUGAGGACCGCUGUCAAUCUGUAGUAGAAUUCAUUAAGAGAGCCAUCAUGCAUUCCAAGAAUGGAAAGUUUCUUUAUUUCUUGAGAUCCAGGGUUCCAGGACUGCCACCGACUCCAGUCCAGCUGCUCUAUCCAGUGUCCCGAUUCAGCAAUGUCAAAUCCCUCCAGCACCUUUGCAGAUUCCGGAUCCGACAGCUCGUCCGGAUAGAUCAUAUCCCGGAUCUCCCACUGCCUAAGCCUCUGAUCUCUUAUAUCCGAAAGUUCUACUACUAUGAUCCUCAGGAAGAGGUAUACCUGUCUCUAAAGGAAGCGCAGCUCAUUUCCAAACAGAAGCAAGAAGUGGAACCCUCCACGUAGCGAGGGGCCCCCUGCUGGUUACCACCAAGGGCAUUUGGUUGCCAAGCUCCAGUUUGAAGAAUCAAAUGAAGCUACCAUGAAAAGAAGAACAAGAAAAAAGGAAUGGGAAGGUUUGGGAUUCUAUGUUCAAAGACUAUGGUUUCUCCUGAAGCCCUGGGGCUUGGAAGAAGCACACAACCAGAGUCUGAGUAGUGGGCUCCACCAUUCAUAUACACUCAUGGUAUCCCAGAACUAGAUGAGCUCCUUGGAAAACUGGAAGAAGUCUCAACACUGUUUCUUUUUAGAAGUUUGUUUUCAAUAUGUGCAUUUCUCAGUAUGGAAAACUCACCUUGAAGACAGCUGGGCUUUGGAAGUGGUGUGAAGGGUGAGCAGGUCCAAAGAAGGGGCAGGGAGGAGAGGAGCACCAUUCACAUUCACUUGGUGCCAGAGAUAGAGUUAGGGUCUUCACCAUGGACCUUGCAGUAUGGAGGAGAAGCCAGAGAAGUGCAAACAGCAUUAGAAGUUUGAAGGAAGGAGAAUCUGCUUCUCAUUGCCAGCUUCAGUAGGAGCAGAAGAGAAAGAGGGCAGGUAGUCUGGAAGAGAAAAUUGUUGGAUAAAAACUGGCAAAUGGCCUUUGCUGGAGGAAGUAGUGACUCCCCACAUCCUUUUCCUUUUUAGGGUUUAGGAACCUAAUUUCAGAAUCACCUCUCUUGGAAGUUGUAUUUAUUUUGUUUUACUUAAUUCCUUAAGCUCUAUGACCUGAAAUUAAUUAACCCUGUUCUCCUUUCAACCUCCUCAGUUCCUUCCCCUGAGGUAUCUGUACAUUUCACUCCAGUCAUGGGAACAUCAUUCCUAUUGCUUUCACCAGCUGUCAAGGCAGUAGUAUUUCUUAUCACCUGAGCAGUUCAGAGCUGCGGUCAUGGACUGCUGAGUUUAAUGAAGCAUGCUUCCACAUGCUUCAUGGCAAACUGUAUCCUCAGUUUAGGAGUCAGCAUUACCUCCAUAUGUCUGUCAGUGAAUGAGAGGGAAUGUGGAGGAAGGUGAGAAGCAAAGCUAUUGUGCUCUUCUUAGAAGAAAUCUUGAAUGUACCAGCCUUAAUGGGAUUUCCUUAGUUCAGAGGAAGAGAGCAUCAUAUCUUGUGUUUUUAGGUUUAUCAUUGUGGUGUCACUUCUGGGACGGGAGGUAGCAAGGGCUUCUUCAUUUUCCUGCAUUCAUUCUAGCAAUCCAGACAUUUUUAGAGUCAGUUUCCAUUGCCCUCCAUUCUUUAGGAAGUCUUGUCAGAUGCUGAUUCAAGAGUUGCCUGUUUUCUAGGUGGAUAUGGAAGAGGGAGGAGAAAAACUCAGUACUUUUCAGUGGUCUUUAAUUUUUUUGCACCUGACCAUUGUCAAAUUAUAAAACAUUGUGUGUUUUCCUCAGUUACUCUGGGGAGAGGUUUGCUAUUGAGAUGUGACUGUUGGGCUGUUGGGACUUUAUUACUCUUCUGCAGGAAGUAUUCCAUGAAACUUGUGUCCCUUGUAUUUAUAUCUGACUCAGCUCACAAGAUAAAUCACAUUGUUUGUGGUUUACUGAUAGUUUGGGGUGAGGCUCCAGUGUCUUAGUCUCAUCUGGAAGCACUGGCCUUUGACUUUAUACCCUGCAUAGAAUGUCCAGUCUUCCUUCUUGUAGCUGAAUGGAGGGGAAACUUGGAUCAUUACCUGGCUAUAAAGAAAUGAGUCCACAAAAUGAGCUUUGCAGCACAAACCUAGCCCACUUCUGGUAUGUCCUGUGGUACACCUUUUUUCUUUGGCCUCCAGGGAAGUAUUACCAACUAAAUAAGAUUGUGAUUCCAGAGGUUGACUAAAUUCUAGAGUCUUGCCUCUGGAGGGCAAAGGUUACUCUCCAUCUUAUAGAAAGGGCCACUCCAUUCAUUGUAGAACCUGAAGUCUGGAAUCCAUUGAUGUUCUUGAGUGGCUAAUAUGCAACUGCCUGGGAUUGUUUUCCCUCAUUUCAGUUACUCAUUAUUUUUAAAUUAUUAAAAUUUUAUAUUAUUAAUAAUUUUUAAAAAUUAUAGUGUGUGUGGCUCUGGGCUAGAUACUGUGGAAAACAUAUAAGGUAGAAGACAUGAUCCUUAGCUUAAGGAAACUUUCAAGUGACUGCCACAUGUGAAAAAAUUGGAGAGCAACUCAUUGUGGCAGAGAAUCAAGGAUUGUCUUUAAAGAUACGUGGAGUGGGUGAGAUCAGGGUAGACCAGAUGGUCUGGGAAAGCUCUCUGACAGUGAGGCUUUGGGUUGUAGGCGGGAGCAGCACCAUGAGAAGAGAAACACAUGAACAAAAGCAAAGAAACAGCAAUCUGUGUGGCAUGUACUGAACAGUGCAUAGCCACCCCUCAGAGCAACAGCAUUAAAAAAAAUCAUAUUUUAGUGUUGUGGUCGAGACUGAAACUUCCUAGUUAUCAGGUAGGACUGGAAGCUGAGGGGUUAUAAUGACGAGGUAGAAGCCAAAGCCAGAAGUCAGCAGGGCACCUGUCCAUUACCCAGGACCUCACUAUUUACUCUUUGUCAGCUCAGGCCCUGUGAGGGAGGCAGAGCCCCUGUACUCACUAUGGUGCUGGGGUUCCCACCAGAUAAUUCAUACACUCAGGUAAAAAAACCAAACCAGCUCUGAAUGACCCAACCUCACCACCCAACUUCUCUGUCCUCCUGGGGAAAAAGUAUUGAACUCUGUCCAUGGUCCAUCUGUCCUUAGUACAACUCAGACUAUAGCCUGAUCCUUCUUCAAUAGAUUGGGCUGCAAAACAAAAGUGCACGUGACAGUCUGCACCAUGCAUGGGUAUUUGACACCUGUGAGGGUGACCUUGUAUAGAGCAAGUUAAGGAAGGUAUGAAGGUGGCCGCUGGGGUAAGACAGGCACAUGCUGGCUAGAGAGUCAGCAGAGCAGAGGAAGCAGGAGCAGGGCUAGUGGCCAGUACUUGGCCUUCACCCUUUGCCAGUGCUGUAUAGUACUAAUGGAAAUGCACUCUACAGAGGGAACUCAUUCCUUUCUGGUCGUUGUAAAUUAAAGUCACAAACUGGGAAAGACUGUCUUCUAGUGACCCACUGUUAAUUUCUAAGUUGUGUGAUGUCAGUAUCAUCAGGCCCUGCAUGUGUGACUUCCACUUAUUUAUGACUGAUGUGCUAUAAUCUUCCUCAGGAUGGGUAUGAGCCAAUGUGAACUAGUGAUGACUACUGCUACAACCUGUCGUUACUUGAAAUGCAUAUGCUGUGUUGGGAGCACAGGAGCCAAGAGGGUGGGUGCUUUGGUGUUGGGGGCUAGAUAGGUGACUAUCACUGACCCUUACAGAGCUUAGGACCAUUGACAAUAACCUUGGCCUGGUCUCCCACCUAUGAAGAUGAAGUGAAUGUAACACCUGCAAUGGGAGCCGUGUAUGAGUGUGCCAGCCCAAGGGGAGAAGUUUGGCAGGGAACUGCCUCUGUGGUUCCUUCUGCCUUCUUUCCUAAUUUUCACUUGGGCUGAUUGUGUAAGGCCAUUAUUGAGGUUGGGAGCCACAUGGAGAUGGCUGCACAAACCCUCCAAUAUAUACUCCAUAAGGAUUGGGGAGUGGUCAGUUCCCAGAUCCAGGUGCAAGAGACUGGAACAGAGCUGGGAGUGUCCUGAUGAGCCAACCUUUUCAGCCCUCAUCCCUGAGCCCCCAGAGGAUUAUGGCCUGCUAAGCCCCCUAACCCAGAAGGAAAUGUGGAUAGGAGGAACUUUUUCCCCAGGGUGAGAUCUUUCCCUUCCCUGCUUCCCCUCCCUUAGCUUUUAAGCCUGGAGUUUAGAGGACCAAGCUCCAGGAUGUAACUCUGUGGCUGUUGGAAGGAGGUCUACAAGUCUGUGAGUGUGAGUGUGUCUUCAUUUGCCCAAGUUUUGUCACCAGUUGAGGUGUUGUGAGCAUCUCCACUGGGGAGCCUGGGAUGUUUUCCACUUCUAAGAGAAUGACAUGCCCCCUGUGCAUAGGGGAGGAGCUUUUGAAUUAGACAUUUUCCCUAUGGGAAUCCUCUUGGUUUGGUUUAUGGGGAGGUGGGGUGGAUAAGUAGUUUUUAUCUCUGAUCGUCAACACAGCUGUUCUUACACUGAAUUUGUGCUAUUGCAUACAUGUAGCCAUCUUUCUUUUCACUGCAGCAGUGUUUAUCAGUAGUUCAAAAUGAUUUAUUUGCUCCUGGGGAGUAAAGCCUUUUUUAUUAAAAAAGAAAAAAAAAAAAAAAAAGAAAAAUUUGCCCCACUAUGA